AAUAGAUGUCCCCCUUGUCUUGCCUUGGGCAAGUAAGGGGUCAUUAUGUGGACUGGAGAAUGUUACGUGAUGUUAAGAGAAGGAAGAUGGCCUUUGAAUAUGCAGACCUCAGAUUACGUCUAAACGCCCUUAGGAAAAACACUAUUUUGCCAAAAGAGCUCCAGGAAGUGGCAGAUAAAGAGAUCGCUGCCCUGCCACGUGACAGCUGCCCUGUGAGGAUCCGCAAUCGUUGUGUGUUGACCUCCCGGCCACGGGGUGUGGUGCGGCGCUGGAGGCUCAGCCGAAUAGUUUUCCGUCACAUAGCUGACCAUGCUCAACUCUCUGGGGUACAGAGAGCAAUGUGGUGAACCCUUGCCAAGGUUUUUCAUAACCAAGGGAAGAAA